AUGGGCACUCUAAGGCCAUUAACUAGUGAGGAUAUCAGAGAGGCAGAUGCUGCGGCGCACAAGCGCCUCAAGGUAGGGUUCGAGGCAAAGUUCGAGAAGCUCCAGGCGCAGCUCGGGGAGGAAACGCCGCAGCAGCUCGAGGACCGGCUCGCCAAGAAAGCCGAAAUCACGAAAACUAUGAAGUCAGAUUUUGAACCGGGCGACAACGGAAUGCUCGUGCCGACCCCAAAGCUCAAGGUGCUGGAUUUGGAUGACCUUGCCGACAUACGUGGAGUCUUGCUCGAGUUGACCGAACGCUCCCUUUGCACAGAAGAAAUCCAGAAGUCUUUGGGAACGGUCGUAGAAGAGUUCGUGGAUAGAUCCAGUUUUUACACCCAAGCAGGGCCAGACGCUGAGAAGGUUUUGAAGGAUCAACCAUACCUUCACCUCGAAGCUUGGGAGCACGUCCGCAAGUUGAAGGAAAUCGAAUCUCCACUCACUGCCUACGCCGAGAAACUCUUCGUCACGGGAAUUAAGCCGCUUGGUGUUGGAAUCGAAGGUCUCUCGACAAAAGUUACCAAUGCAAUAGAGGAGGGAGAGAAGGACAGCCCCAAGACUGGACUUGAGGCGAAUCAUCACUACGCGAUGGAUGGAAAUGAUGGAUUCCAGGAGGCACUGGAUGAGGCCCACCGAAGCGAUGGAGAGGGAGUUGCCCACACGCGUUAUGUGGAAUAUAGAGGGGGAAGCGAUGGAGAGGAAAGCGACGAAGAGUCAAGCGAUGGAGAGUUAAGCCAACGAAGGCUGGAUGGGCCGGUGGGCGGCUUGAGCUUGACUGGAGGCACACCGGUUAUCGAUCUCGGUCCCGUCGUGCGACGGACAAAGCGACGUACGGCUCACCAACCAACAUCAAUCCCCAACCAAUAUCGCCGGAUCCGGGAUCAUUAUUGCAACGUCAUACGACCACUUGGAGCCAACUUCGCGGGUAACAGAGGUCAUACAUCGGCUGCCGAAGACGAUUCUUUGUUCGAGCGAAACGAGUUACCCCUGAAUGAGCAUUCCGAAACACUCUCAAAGGAUGUACUGGAUGAACUCAGAGACGCAAAAGGUUAUAAACGCCUUCGCCGAGUUUGUGACGAACUACGGUCCCUUUCAAAGAAGGAGAUCCUCCUCCCAGGCUUUUUGAGCGAUGUGGCGGAUAUGUACGACAGCGCAAUUAGCGAGCUUCGUGAAGAGAAAAGGGUCGCCAAACCACUUCUCGACCAGAUGCGUUAUAUCCUAGAAGCAGUGAAAGGCAUUUUCGAUACCACGGAGGCUCGCAUCGUCCAGAGGGACGAGGAGCUGGAGCAGCUGAGGAAGGCAUCGGAAACCUUGGACGCGGCUCGGAAAUUUGCUGAACGCAGGCUCCAAUUGCUGAAGGUGCAGCAGGAUCUGGUGGAAAGCGGCAUUGAACAGUUUAAGAUUAAUAUCACUGAAUUCAAAAAGCGUCCCGAUGCUAGCAGUGUUGAGAAUCACCAGUCAGCGUCAGCCCGCGCGGAAGCAACCCGCAACCCCCACGGUCCAACCCUCGACAUCAUCGAAGCAAUAGUCCGCGACAAUCCGACCCGAGCGUGCGAAGAAGACAUCCGCAUCGCCUACCAGAAAAUCAUUUCUGCGGCUGAGGAGGAUGCGAUUCUCCAUGAGGCCUCGGCCGGCCUGAAGGUCGUCAUGGAACGGCUCGUGAGCUCUGCAUCUGGUUCGUUUGGGGCUCAAACUACCAAGAACGCUCUGGCUUGUAUGAAACAAGUCCUCGACAUCGCCGAUCAGAGAAGGAAACAGAUGAAAGAAAAAAUUACCUGGCUAAACGAGUGUUUGACGAAUGCAGAUAGCAUCGAGAAGAAAACGAUCAAGCGGUUGGAGACUAGUCUACCGCAGUUCAAACCAGUGAAUGCACUUCUCCUGGUGAAUUUAUACGACAGGCAGGGAAAAGUUGUCAAUCAACGAAUUUCCUUGAAGGAGCGCAGAGAUGAUCUGCAGAAACAAGUGGCUCACUACAAGGGGGUGCUCGACGGUAUUACUCCCUCGGACAACAUUCACGGAACUGCUGGAAAAUCUACGUAA